AUGCGGCAUGAACAUAUGAACGGAGGUCAUAUUGCAUAUUACCCACCAUACGCGCAAAAUCCUUAUGGAAACGUUAGAGAGAUUGUAACCCUUUUACCUGAGUUCAAUCCGUCAAGCGACAAAUCUCUUAUGCCAAAUCAGUUCAUAAAACGGAACGAUAUGUUACGAACUACAUAUCGUUGGGACGAUCAAACAUUAGUAUUUGCAGUGCAACAAAAGUUGCAAGGAUACACAAAAUAUUGGGUUAAUUCACAAGACGUGUUUCUUUCUUGGACGGAAUUUGCUACAAAAUUUUUGAAAGACUUUGCUUCUACAGAAAACAUAGCAGACGUAUACUUCAAAAUGUCCCAAACGAAGAGACAAUUUAAUGAAAGUCCGCAAGAAUAUUACUACAAAAUGAUAUCUAUAGGUACUCGUGGAAACGUACCCGAAAAUGCAAUUGCUCGGUAUAUAAUUAAUGGCAUCAAUGAGCCACGCUUAAAGCAGAAAAUCUCGAAUGAAUACACUCUCUGUAAUGAACUCUUACGUGAUAUAAAUAUUUAUACUGUAUAUAAUGAUGUUCAAAACUUUAACGAAAAACCAAAACCUAAAUACCCGGUAAAUACUAAUCACGAUCUUAGAGACAAUUCUAAGAUACAAACACUCCAAAAUAAGGAAAGCGAGACGACUAGAAAAGUCAAAUGUUUCAAUUGCUCUAGAAUAGGCCAUUAUUCAAACAAGUGUCCUGAACCACAACGUAAAGAGCGUUGUUCAAUAUGCAAUCGCACUACGCAUAAGGAGACCGAUUGUCCUAGUAAGAAAAACAAUGCCGAGAAUAAACAAACGGUUAACAAAAUUGAAAAUCCUGGUAGUGCAUACACUCUAAUUCGUGAGACAUUUGCAAAAGAUUUUAAAAAUGAAAUAUUGCGUUGUUCUGUAACUUUGAGUGGUUUCGCCGAUGGAAAAUUUAUCUGCACCUCUAAAAUAAAUGCUGUCGUAGAUUUUGAUAAUAACGAAUUUAUAACCGAUUUGUUGAUCGUGGAUGACGGAAAAACAUCCGAAAAUAUUUUGCUGGGUCGUGAUGUAUUGUGCCGUGAAGGUAAACGUCUUAUCAUAGAGGGAGACAAAUGCCAUAUAGAAGAUCUGCAAACAUCGGUAGAAAUACCGUCGGAUGUACGCAAACAACUUAAAGGUCUACUCUCAACGUACCGUGGCGUUUUUGCAGAAAGUAUGUCUGAACUAGGCAAAUGUGUUAUCAACAAAAUGAGUUUUAAAGUCAGCACUGACGUACCUAUUCGGGAAAAACCAUAUCGGAUAGCAUUUGCCAAACGCAAAAUCGUUUCGGACAUUGGUCUUGAUUUGCUUAAAAAUGACAUCAUACGCCCUUCGUCAUCACCGUAUGCCUCAUCCGUGGUUCUGGUAGAAAAGAAAAAUGGUGAGCAUCGACUCUGCGUAGAUUAUCGUGCAUUAAACAAAAUCAUUAUUAAAAAUCCUUACCCUAUGCCAAAUAUGGAGGAGCAGUUUGCUCAGCUCUCAGGUAACAGAUUCUUUACGACACUUGACCUUCGCAUGGGAUAUCACCAAAUAGAAAUUGAAGAGUCCUCAAAACAAUAUACAGCUUUCGUUACUACGGAUGGUCAUUUCGAAUACAACAGAAUGCCAUUUGGAAUGGUUAACGCCCCUGGAGUUUUUCAAGCGACAAUGGAUAAGAUUGCGUCGUCGAUGGGCCGUGGUGAAGUUCUAAUUUAUCUCGAUGAUGUUAUUAUACCCAGUAAAAGUAUAGAAGAAGGUAUAGAACGGUUAGAAAAAUUUCUCUGUUUGUUAAAAGAGCAAUUUGACGCUAAGGAUGUCCAAAUGUAA